AUGACCCGUCAGAACCAAAUCCCUACGGAAGACGGUAGCCGUGUUACCCUCGCCCUCAUCCCUCUCUGGGACAUGUGUAACCAUACCAACGGCCUGGUGAGUACUACAAACACGCUACUACAUGCUUAUUACAUCACUAUUACAUGUCUAAAACAUGCCUUUGCAUGGCUAAAACAUGCCUAUUGCAUGGCUAAAACAUGGCUGAAGCAUGCCUAUUGCAUGACUGAAGCAUGCCUAUAACACUACUGCACACUACCACCCUCAUCCCACUAUUUGAGAGGUUUUAAAUUAUUCUGAAAAAAAUUAUGUUAGGAAUCUUCCAAUCACAGUUUUUUCUUUAAAACAAUCAACCCACACAUGGUCAAGAACUCCACUGUGGAAAAUGCUAGAUUUGAGAGAAACCACACAGUCUGUGUUUUCCUCAGUUGAUUACGCUUAUCUCAUGGGCAAAUUUUAUUUAUUUGAAUAAUUUUUAUUUGAUUGUGUUUAGUGACUGAUUUGUAACAGAGCAUUAAUAUCCCCUCCUUUAGUAUGCAUGUUAACUGCAUUUACUCUCCCCUUUUUUGUUGUUGUUGUAAAGACCUGAUACGUAGCUGAAACAAGUCAUUUAAAGACUAAAAUGUCUUCCUGUGUACUCCCUUGGUGUUAGUUUAAUAAAAAUGGGUUACAACUUCCUCUGAUAUAUUUCCACAUUUUAUUGGUCUUCUUUAGCUCCAGUUCCUUCAGUAUGUUUUUAUUCUCACUGGUGAUGAUUGUAUGGGUUCAUUCGAUGUCCUUCAUUUCUGCCCAUUUGUGUAAAGCUCUCACUAACUCAGAAUCUGGGAAUUAUAUGGAUUGAUACGGUCCUUGAUUAUAUAUGCGAAACUAAUACAUUCAUGUUUUGAAAUACAUUUGCUUUCUGAUUUUGUUCGUUAGUCUCUUGAGAUUGUUAGUAAAGGAAUGUAUGACGGAUAUACAGCUCUUUAAUACUAGGAGAGAAAAUGAUUGUACAUUGUUAAAUGAGCUGGUCAUGUAUAUAAAAUAAAUGUGCUGCAAAUUGUAUGGUCAGUCAGUCAGUGAAGAAGCUCUGAUAAUUCACCGCAGCUCUGAAAUAUAACAACUCUAUUUAUUUUACUGUAAAGUGUGAUGCGAUUUUUUUUUUUAAACAAGUUUGAUUAGUGACAGUUGGAAAAGCUCAUUGAGUUGAAUCAAGGACUGGUUCAAAUCAAUCAGUGAAUGGAUGAAUUACUGUUUGCCUGUUGUGUGUUGUUCAGAUCACCACUGGUUACAACCUGGAGGAUGACAGGUGUGAGUGUGUGGCUCUGCAGGACUACAAAGAGAAUGAACAGGUGAGUCGGGUCAGGGCAGCAUGGAACUACUGCACCUUGUACUUUUAGCUACUAUACAAAUAAUUGUCCAGGGGGUGUACAUGUCAAUUAAAAGGCAAUUUGUUCUAAAUCAAGUGUCAACUCCCUCCAUCUAGGUUACUUUUAACAACAGCCACAACAACAGUUCCCUAAAUGGAUGUUGCAUGUAUCUUUUUUUGUUUGUUUUCUAUGUAUUAUUUUUAGUUCAUCACACAAUUCAGAGUUCAACUGUAUUCUGCCAUAUGAAUGAAUUAAAUGAACUUGAGCUUGAUAGGCUGCUGUACAAAUUUAAACACACUUCUGAAAGCUGUCUGUAAAGCCGUACUCUGUAAUUGAUUGAGUCUCGGGCCUGAGUAUCACUAGCGGUGUUGUAGGGGUGCCGUCAUGCUCACUUCUAACUGAGAGGCCUUGACAGACUGGUUGACUGGUGUUGAUGUUAUGUCGGGGAGAGGGAGAGGGAGAGGGAGAGGGAGAGGGCCAUGCCAGAGCUGGGUGCCAGUCAGCUGGACCAAGCCAGGCUUAACUGUCCAACCCUCUGCUCUAAAGCAGUGUCUUAUCGUUUCACUCCCUCCCUGUCUGUCACUCACUGUCCAACCCUCUGCUCUAAAGCAGCGUCUUAUAGUUUCACUCCCUCCCUCACUGUCACUCACUGUCCAACCCUCUGCUCUAAAGCAGUGUCUUAUAGUUUCACUCCCUCCCUCACUGUCACUCACUGUCCAACCCUCUGCUCUAAAGCAGCGUCUUAUAGUUUCACUCCCUCCCUCACUGUCACUCACUGUCCAACCCUCUGCUCUAAAGCAGCGUCUUAUAGUUUCAGUCCCUCCCUCCCUGUCACUCACUGUCCAACCCUCUGCUCUAAAGCAGCGUCUUAUAGUUUCACUCCCUCCCUCCCUGUCACUCACUGUCCAACCCUCUGCUCUAAAGCAGUGUCUUAUAGUUUCAGUCCCUCACUCACUGGCUGGAGGGAGUUUCAUAGGAUUGGUGUAAGCAUUGACUGGAGGGAGUUUCAUAGGAUUGGUGUAAGCAUUGGCUGGAGGGAGUUUCAUAGGAUUGGUGUAAGCAUUGGCUGGAGGGAGUUUCAUAGGAUUGGUGUAAGCAUUGGCUGGAGGGAGUUUCAUAGGAUUGGUGUAAGCAUUGGCUGGAGGGAGUUUCAUAGGAUUGGUGUAAGCAUUGGCUGGAGGGAGUUUCAUAGGAUUGGUGUAAGCAUUGGCUGGAGGGAGUUUCAUAGGAUUGGUGUAAGCAUUGGCUGGAGGGAGUUUCAUAGGAUUGGUGUAAGCAUUGGCUGGAGGGAGUUUCCACAGUUGUUAAAUCCAUGCUUUGGGAGAAGGCUGGAGAAUCGGGACGCAACCAACCUCUAUUGCUCCCUCUCCUUCCUCCCCCUCCCCUCUCUGCUCCCCCUCCCUACAGUAUGGAAGUCCACCUCUUUCUGUUCAGAAUGGGAAUUAUUUGAUAAGAUUCAGAGAGACAGUGAGGGGUGUGGGAGGGGUGGUGAUGGGGAGUGGAGCGCUUGAUCCCAUGAUUCCUCUGGCAGAUAUCACCAUCCGGCAAAAGUGCACUGAGCUCUCAGAGGAUGUGUCCCAAAUAGCACCCUAUUCCGUAUAUAGUACACUACAGGCCUAUGGGCCCUGGUCAAAAGUAGUGCACUACAUAGGGAAAAGGCAUUUGGGAUGCAGACUCGGCCUGAGCUCACAGAGACACAAACCACUAAGCUACAUUUAUCUACUAAGCUUUAUCACGCCGCCCCCUAUCUAUCCCCUGCUCCUACCUCACUCUCCUUCUUUCUCUCUCACACUUGUUCCGUUCUGCUAUCUGUAAAUGUGGAUGUAAUAUGGUGGAGCCAUACGUGUGGGGAUUCUCUGUGCUCCUGUGAAGCUUCCACUAGAUCAGACAUGAUAUCAUGUUUAUGAGGGAAAAUGGUAUAUCGGGAAUAGGGGGUGGAAUGUUCACCACAUUGCUUACAUCCAAAUGAUCCAACCGUUACCGAUCUGCAGGAACCUUUUAGCGGUUGAGUUGGAAUCAGACGAUAAAGGGGAAGUUCAGCUAACUUUAGCAACCAUCUAGUAAAGUACUGAAGUUUUUUGUGUCUGUUUAAAGAAAACCAAACCGUGCAUUACAGUUACUCCUGGCCCAUAUUCUUUUUUCAGUGUGAGGAACCAUCUAAGAUUUAAGUUUUAAAAUACUGAACUACCCCUUUAAUGUUGAGUGGCUGUUCUUCUCUCUUGUCUGUCCUCAGAUCUACAUCUUCUACGGGACGCGAUCCAACGCUGAGUUUGUGAUCCACAACGGCUUCUUCUUCCAGGAGAAUGCCCAUGACAGAGUCAAGAUCAAACUGGGUGUGUCCAAGAGUGAACGUCUGUACGCCAUGAAGGCAGAGGUGCUGGCCCGCGCUGGCAUCCCCUCGUAAGUACAGAGAUGCACACAUACACACAGGAAUCCCCUCAUAAGUAGGGAGGGAGGGACAGUGGUAGGGAGGGAAACUGGAAGGGAGAGAGAAGAGGGGUAGAGUGAGAGAAAGAAAUAGAUGGUAUCUCUCAAUUAUGGCAGAGACUGAGGUAAUUUCAGGAAGGCAAUAUUUUCCUGCAUUUCAGUGAAUUGAUCAAUGUGACAAUUGUCAGGACAUGGCUGAUAUUAUUACACUGCAAACACAUUACUGAGGCCCGCUCUAGUCUGGCAGCAAUACUAUUCAAUUACCCCUCUUUGCCCAGCACUAGUGAAUCCAGGAGAGGAGAGUUUACUCUUAAAACAAAGGCUACACUGGGAGACUAAGGCUAUGUCUCAAACGACACCCUAUUCCUUUAUAGUGCACUACAUUUGACCAGAGCCCCAUGUGGCUCACAACUCCUUUCAUCCGUCUUCCCUUCAUAUAUUGUAUUUUUAUUUAACCUUUUAUUUAAGCAGGGAGUCAUGCUGAGACCACCUGCAUGAACACACCAAUAAACAACAAUUACAUUAUACAUAUCUAUAGUAUAUACACAUCAAUUAUACAAUACAUGAAACGCACACACAAAACACAAAAAGCAAAACACAAUCAUAUGAAACAAACACAUUCUUCAGUUAAAAGGCCCUCUAACAUCUGCCUGAAUUGGGCUAGAGGUACCAACUCUUAAGGACUUUUGGAGAUCAUUCCACAUGAGAGGUGCAAACAAAUGAAAAGCAUAUUUACCUAACUGGGUGGAGAUUUAAGGGAUCUCCAGAGUUAGCCAUCCCUGAGUCUGGGUCUGGUUAUACGUCUGAAGGUUAGUAAAGAGGUUAGGUAUGGCGGAAGUUUAUGCAAGAGGGCUUUCUAGACAAAAAUAGCAUAAUGCAUUGAUCUAUGAGACUUCAAAGAGGGCCAGCCUACUUUCUGAUACAAAAUGCAAUGAUGUCUAAUGAAACAAUCGCCCGUAAUAAAGCGCAAUGCACUAUGAUGCAUUUCGUCCAAUGGCUUCAAUACAGUGGCAGCUGCAUUCAUAUAGACGAUAUCGCCAUAGUCAAUAACCAGCAUGAAUGUUGACCAAAUUAUUAGUUUUCUGCUAUUUAACAAAAAACAGGACCUGUUCCUAUAGAAGAAGCCUAUUUUAAUUCUUAAUUUCUUAACUCCUCAACAUGCUUUUUAAAAGAUAGCUUUUUGUCAAUUCCGAUGCCCAGAUAUUUAUAAGCGGGUACACGAUCAAUGAGGGCACCAUCCAAAGUACGUAUGCAUAAAUCAGACACAUUUUACGUGAUUUGGAAAAUAACAUAUACUUGGUUUUACCUGCAUUAAGUACCAAUUUCAGUUCAACAAAGGCUUUCUGCAGGGCAAUACAGGCAGAUUGAAGCUCUGACAGAGCCUAGUCAGUUGUAGUCAGCAAUAGCAUACACCACAGUGUUUUUUUAUAUAGAUAAAUCAAUAUUAAUGUAAAUAGUGAAAAGAACCGGACCAUUCGGUGUAUAGGCGACAGAAAGACAGCCGUUGCCUCUGUGUGCCUUUUUAAACACCAUAUAUCACUAUCUCAGUUUAACAGAGCCCCAAACAGCUACAACACAACAGGCAAUGGCAUACACCACAAUGUCAUCAGGAUACAGGUGGAAGUUUAUUAUUAUUUACAGAUAAACCAAUAUUGUUCAUGUAAAUAGUGAAAAGAACCGGACCAAGAAUUGAUCCCAGAUAGACAUCGUGUGCUAUUGCCUCUGUGCCUUUGAACACCAUAUAUCACUAUGUACAGUGAGGGAAAAAAGUAUUUGAUCCCCUGCUGAUUUUUGUACGUUUGCCCACUGACAAAUAAAUGAUCAGUCUAUAAUUUUAAUGGUAGGUUUAUUUGAACAGUGAGAGACAGAAUAACAACAAAAAAAUCCAGAAAAACGCAUGUCAAAAAUGUUAUAAAUUGAUUUUGCAUUUUAAUGAGGGAAAUAAGUAUUUGACCCCCUCUCAAUCAGAAUGAUUUCUGGCUCCCAGGUGUCUUUUAUACAGGUAACGAGCUGAGAUUAGGAGCACACUCUUAAAGGGAGUGCUCCUAAUCUCAGCUUGCUACCUGUAUAAAAGACACCUGUCCACAGAAGCAAUCAAUCAAUCAGAUUCCAAACUCUCCACCAUGGCCAAGACCAAAGAGCUCUCCAAGGAUGUCAGGGACAAGAUUGUAGACCUACAAAAGGCUGGAAUGGGCUACAAGACCAUCGCCAAGCAGCUUGGUGAGAAGGUGACAACAGUUGGUGCGAUUAUUCGUAAAUGGAAGAAACACAAAAUAACUGUCAAUCUCCCUCGGCCUGGGGCUCCAUGCAAGAUCUCACCUCGUUGAGUUGCAAUGAUCAUGAGAACGGUGAGGAAUCAGCCCAGAACUACACGGGAGGAUCUUGUCAAUGAUCUCAAGGCAGCUGGGACCAUAGUCACCAAGAAAACAAUUGGUAACACACUACGCCGUGAAUGACUGAAAUCCUGCAGCGCGCGCAAGGUCCCCCUGCUCAAGAAAGCACAUAUACAGGCCCGUCUGAAGUUUGCCAAUGAACAUCUGAAUGAUUCAGAGGAGAACUGGGUGAAAAUGUUGUGGUCAGAUGAGACCAAAAUGGAGCUCUUUGGCAUCAACUCAACUUGCUGUGUUUGGAGGAGGAGGAAUUCUGCCUAUGACCCCAAGAACACCAUCCCCACCGUCAAACAUGGAGGUGGAAACAUUAUGCUUUGGGGGUGUUUUUCUGCUAAGGGGACAGGACAACUUCAUCGCAUCAAAAGGACGAUGGACGGGGCCAUGUACCAUCAAAUCUUGGGUGAGAACCUCCUUCCCUCAGCCAGGGCAUUGAAAAUGGAUUGUGGAUGGGUAUUCCAGCAUGACAAUGACCCAAAACACACGGUCAAGGCAACAAAGGAGUGGCUCAAGAAGAAGCACAUUAAGGUCCUAGCCAGUCUCCAGACCUUAAUCCCAUAGAAAAUCUGUGGAGGGAGCUGAAGGUUCGAGUUGCCCAACGUCAGGCUCGAAACCUUAAUGACUUGGAGAAGAUCUGCAAAGAGGAGUGGGACAAAAUCCCUCCUGAGAUGUGUGCAAACCUGGUGGCCAACAACAAGAAACGUUUGGCCUCUGUGAUUGCCAUCAAGGGUUUUGCCACCAAGUACUAAGUCAUGUUUUGCAGAGGGGUCAAAUACUUAUUUCCCUUAUUAAAAUGCAAAUCAAUUUAUAACAUUUUUGACAUGCGUUUUCUUUCAGGAUUUUUUUGUUGUUAUUCUGUCUCUCACUGUUCAAAUAAACCUACCAUUAAAAUUAUAGACUGAUUAUAUCUUUGUCAGUGGGCAAACGUACAAAAUCAGCAGGGGAUCAAAUACUUUUUUCCCUCACUGUAUCUGUCAGUUUAACAACAGAGCCCCAAACAGCAACAACAAAACAAAACAGGCUAUCUUUAAUCUAAUUUCCACUGUGAGAUCCAGAAUGCCCCAUCAAUAGGAGAUUUAAAAAGCUCUUAAAAUGAAAGAGAGGGAGGGCUGCAUAAUAUUAGGGUAAUGAUAAAAUGAUUAAGCUUCCUAUUGAUGAAAAUGUCAGGGCGGGGGAUAGAAAGCAUCCCUCAUGCUAUAGAGACCUAUUCUGAGACAAUUAUGCAAUGUUUAUCCUGGAUAGAUUUCAAAUGACCAAAGCCCCCCAAAAUUCUGCUUUGCUGGAACAAAAGCCAGCGCCCACACCAGCCCACCAGCCUGGCCACCCCUGGUGUAGUGGUCUCUCUGUCUCUUGCCCAUUCGCUCUCUCUCUUGCUUGUAAUUGAUUGAGUGUAUAUUAAAAAUGCAUCAGGGGGAUCAUGGUUCGGCCUCCACUCAGCUUGUAUCAGUCAGCUGAUGCUAAACGUGAGUGGGCCUGGGUUAACUGUGGGCCACUGGCCACCAUUAACACAUACUGUACCUGCCAAGCCACUGAUCAGGGUUUUAAGAUGGUUCACGUCAUACAGGGAUUCAUUGUGGAAGGUUUUUUCUUCUUCUUUGGAGUGAGGCGUACGGGGAGGGUUGGGGCUACAAGGUCCUGUGGGUUCUACUGGUCUAGGUUUAACUAAGAGGUCAUACAGUAAAAAAUCCCUGUCUUAGGUCAGUUAGGAUCACCGCUUUAUUUUAAGUAUGUGAAAUGACAGAAUAAUAGUAGAGAGAAUGAUUUAUUUCAGCUUUUAUUUCUUUGGUCACAUUCCCAGUGGGUCAGAAGUUUACAUACACUCAAUUAGUAUUUGGUAGCAUUGCCUUUGAAUUGUUUGUCUUGGGUCAAAUGUUUCGGGUAGCCUUCCACAAGCUUCCCACAAUAAGUUGGGUGAAUUUUGGCCCAGUCCUCCUGACAGAGCUGGUGUAACUGAGUCAGGUUUGUAGGCCUCCUUGCUCGCACACUCUUUUUCAGUUCUGCCCACAAAUGUUCUAUAGGAUUGAGGUCAGGGCUUAUUGAUGGCCACUCCAAUACCUUGACUUUGUUGUCCUUAAGCCAUUUUGCCACAACUUUUGGAAGUAUGCUUGGGGUCAUUGUCCAUUUGGAAGACCCAUUUGCAACCAAGAUUUAACUUCCUGACUGAUGUCUUGAUGUUGCUUCAAUAUAUCCACAUAACUUUCCUUCCUCAUGAUGCCAUCUGUUUUGUGAGGUGCACUAGUCCCUCCUGCAGCAAAGCACCCCCACAGCAUGAUGCUGCCACCCCCGUGCUUCACAGUUGGGAUGGUGCUCUUCGGCUUGCAAGCUCUCCCACUUUUUCCUCCAAACAUAACUAUGGUCAUUAUGGCCAAACAGUUCUAUGUUUGUUUCAUCAGACCAGAGGACAUUUCUCUAAAAAGUAUGAUCUUUGUCCCCAUGUGCAGUUGCAAACCGUAGUCUGGCGUUUUUAUGGCGGUUUUGGAGCAGUGGCUUCUUCCUUGCUGAGCGGCUUUUCAGGUUAUGUCGAUAUAGGACUCGUUUUACUGUGGAUACAGAUACUUUUGUACCUGUUUCCUCCAGCAUCUUCACAAGGUCCUUUGUUGUUGUUCUGGGAUUGAUUUGCACUUUUCGCACCAAAGUACGUUCAUCUCUAGGAGACAGAACGCGUCUCCUUCCUGAGCGGUAUGAUGGCUGCGUGGUCCCAUGGUGUUUAUACUUGCGUACUAUUGUUUGUACAGAUGAAGGUGGUACCUUCAGGCGUUUGGAAAUUGCUCCCAAGGAUGAACCAGACUUGUGGAUGUCUACAUUUUCUUUUCUGAGGUCUUGGCUGAUUUCUUUUCAUUUUCCCAUGAUGUCAAUUAAAGAGGCACUGAGUUUGAAGGUAGGCCUUGAAAUACAUCCACAGGUACACCUCCAAUUGACUCAAAUUAUGUCAAUUAGCCUAUCAGAGGCUUCUAAAGCCAUGACAUAAUUUUCUGGACUUUUCCAAGCUGUUUAAAGGCACAGUCAACUUAGUGUAUGUAAACUUCUGACCCACUGGAAUUGUGAUACAGUGAAUUAUAAGUGAAAUAAUCUGUCUGUAAACAAUUGUUGGAAAAAUUACUUGUGUCAUGCACAAAGUAGAUGUCCUAACCGACUUGCCAAAACUACAGUUUGUUAACAAGACAUUUGUGGAGUGGUUGAAAAACAAGUUUUAAUGACUCCAACGUAAGUGUAUGUAAACUUCCGACUUCAACUGUAUGUGUGCGUGCAAAGGGUCAUGUGAAUUGGAGAAGUUGUUGUGCCUGUACUAUGAGGUUUCUUUUUCACUCUUUCUCUUGCCCUCUCUUCUCCCCCCCACCCCCAGGUCCAGUAUCUUUGCCCUGCAUUGCAGCGAUCCUCCAAUCUCUGCCCAGCUACUGGCCUUCCUCAGAGUCUUCUGUAUGACUGAGGGUAAGACACACACUCGCUCGCACACGUAAAUUCUGGCAUCGGGAACUUCCCCAUGGAUCCCCACACGGUCACACACACUAAGGCAGGACACCAGAUCUGACUGAGGAGUUGGGAGUUAUCCAGAUGGUCUGAAAUAUCCACCUAUUGAAACACGCUAGUGACUGGUGUCAUAAAUCACACUGUGCCAGGCUAAAGCCAGGCUAGCGUCCUCCGACUAGAAGCUAGGCAAACCAGGAUUCAAAUACAGUUUGAAAUCAUUUCAAAUACUUUACUUGAUCGGCUAACUUGUUUAAUGGGAAAAGUGCAACCCCGCCCUCCUGGCACUCCAGGCAGGCUAAAGCAAACUCUGAGUAUUUUAAAGAUUUCAAAUAGUAUUUGAACCCAGGUCUGGCUAGCAUCCUACAGCUAGUUUAAGCUUACUAAAUGCUCUACGCAGACGCAAUAUUCGAAAUGUUGCAAUGUCGUUUUACAUCACAAAAGGCUCCAUUCGGCAUACCUUUUUACCACCUGAAAAUUUAGACAAGAUUCCGCAUGUUUUCUUGAUCUGAUCUACAGUGAGGGGGAAAAAGUAUUUGAUCCCCUGCUGAUUUUGUACGUUUGCCCACUGACAAAGAAAUGAUCAGUCUAUAAUUUUAAUGGUAGGUUUAUUUGAACAGUGAGAGACAGAAUAACAACAAAAUAAUCCAGAAAAACACAUGUCAAAAAUGUUAUAAAUUGAUUUGCAUUUUAAUGAGGGAAAUAAGUAUUUGACCCCCUCUCAAUCAGAAUAAUUUCUGGCUCCCAGGUGUCUUUUAUACAGGUAACAAACUGAGAUUAGGAGCACACUCUUAAAGGGAGUGCUCCUAAUCUCAGCUUGUUACCUGUAUAAAAUACACCUGUCCACAGAAGCAAUCAAUCAAUCAGAUUCCAAACUCUCCACCAUGGCCAAGACCAAAGAGCUCUCUAAGGAUGUCAGGGACAAGAUUGUAGACCUACACAAGGCUGGAAUGGGCUACAAGACCAUCGCCAAGCAGCUUGGUGAGAAGGUGACAACAGUUGGUGCGAUUAUUCGCAAAUGGAAGAAACACAAAAGAACUGUCAAUCUCCCUCGGCCUGGGGCUCCAUGCAAGAUCUCACCUCGUGGAGUUGCAAAUGAUCAUGAGAACGGUGAGGAAUCAGCCCAGAACUACACGGGAGGAUCUUGUCAAUGAUCUCAAGGCAGCUGGGACCAUAGUCACCAAGAAAAUAAUUGGUAACACACUACGCCGUGAAGGACUGAAAUCCUGCAGCGCGCGCAAGGUCCCCCUGCUCAAGAAAGCACAUAUACAUGCCGUCUGAAGUUUGCCAAUGAACAUCUGAAUGAUUCAGAGGAGAGCUGGGUGAAAGUGUUGUGGUCAGAUGAGACCAAAAUGGAGCUCUUAGGCAGAGUUGAGUUGAUGCCAAUGACCCCAAGAACACCAUCCCCACCGUCAAAUAUGGAGGUGGAAACAUUAUGCUUUGGGGUUGUUUUUCUGCUAAGGGGACAGGACAACUUCACCGCAUCAAAGGGACGAUGGACAGGGCCAUGUACCGUCAAAUCUUGGGUGAGAACCUCCUUCCCUCAGCCAGGGCAUUGAAAAUGGGUCGUGGAUGAGUAUUCCAGCAUGACAAUGACCCAAAACACACGGCCAAGGCAACAAAGGAGUGGCUCAAGAAGAAGCACAUUAAGGUCCUGGAGUGGCCUAGCCAGUCUCCAGACCUUAAUCCCAUAGAAAAUCUGUGGAGGGAGCUGAAGGUUCGAGUUGCCAAACGUCAGCCUCAAAACCUUAAUGACUUGGAGAAGAUCUGCAAAGAGGAGUGGGACAAAAUCCCUCCUGAGAUGUGUGCAAACCUGGUGGCCAACUACAAGAAACGUCUGACCUCUGUGAUUGCCAACAAGGGUUUUGCCACCAAGUACUAAGUCAUAUUUUGCAGAGGGGUCAAAUACUUAUUUCCCUCAUUAAAAUGCAAAUCAAUUUAUAACAUUUUUGACAUGUGUUUUUCUGGAUUAUUUUGUUGUUAUUCUGUCUCUCACUGUUCAAAUAAACCUACCAUUAAAAUUAUAGACUGAUCAUUUCUUUGUCAGUGGGCAAACGUACAAAAUCAGCAGGGGAUCAAAUACUUUUUUCCCUCACUGUAUAGGCUAUUCAUCAAAGUAGCUUAUUUUGCAUUGAUAACCAAAUAUAAUCUCAGCGACUGUUCAAACAAUAAACCGAACAACAAAAUCCACCCAAAAAGGUAUUUUGUUUAGAAGUAAUAACUAGUGAUUACAAGCUAUUGUGAAAUGCUUGAGCCUGCUGUUGCCAACUAGCUAGCCAUGUGCUGUUUUUCUCCAUGACCAAAAGAUGAUGAAGUUCUAUUUUUAGCAGAUAUGGGAAUGAAUACACACGCAACAUAUCAAACAGGGAUAAUGGUUUAGGUUACACCGGCAAGUAUAAGAAUAUUUGACAGGGCAUAUUUUUUUUUAUUAUACAGUGCCUUCAGAAAGUAUUCACACCCCUUGACUUUUUCCACAUUUUGUUGUGUUACAAAGUGGGAUUAAAGUGGAUUUUAGGGCUGACCCCAUUUUGUCGACUGGUCGAUUGUUUGGUCGAUAGGUUGUUGGUCGACCGAGAUUUCUUUAGUUGAGCAGUAGCAAAAAAUAUCAUGGUGUACAAGACACCUGUGUGAUUCGCGCCUGUCUGAAUGGACUGAUCCAUUGUGGAGGCCGUGGGGAUGGCACAGUCCAUCACUCUAAGACGUGCUACUGAAAUUCUAUAUGGUUAUAUUAAAUAAGAACAAUAGUGCAACACUAAUAAAAAUAAUAUUAUUUUAUAACAAAUGCACUUCUCCCUCGUUGGAUAGCGGUCGCUGUCCACAGUUCUGAAACACAUCAGUGCGCUGUUGAAUUGGUGCCUUUUCCUAGACCAUGUUGCUAUGUGCAUAAUAGCAAAGUUAACCAGCAUAUUGGUGUUGAGAACAAUGUGGCGGAGGCAGCAGCAGAAUGAGGAGAUGAGAAAACAGCCCUUGCCUUAUUGUCUAAGAAAAGUGAGGAGAGCAGAAACCCCAACUUAAUUAGGUCUAUAAUCAAUAGCCUAACUGUUCAAUGUGCCUGGCUUUAUAAAUAAUCAAUAUAUCUACAGAAAUAAGACAGAUCCUGCUUCUGUUGCCUGUUUGAGUAUUUGUUUAAAAACAUACUGAUUCCCGUGAGCACCAAGCCUCACGCAACAAUAUGUGAUGUAAACAAUUUCACAGAUUCGGCUGUUUUUAAUCUUUGCUUUGCUGUAAUAAAGGCUUUACACUUUUUUUUUUCUCUCGUUAGAACAGCCUCUCUGGUAUUAUUUAUAAUUGAUUUAGUGUUUACACUGUUCCAAUUGAAUAAUUAGCUUAAACAAUAAAUAAACCAUUCUAUUUGGGAAAUCGCAUUCACUAAUUAAUACGACUGUUUUUAGUCUUUUCUGUAAUAAAGGCUUGACAAAAAUGAUACAACAGACUCUGGUAUGCUUAUACUUUAUUUAGUGUUAUUAACAAUGUUCCAAACGGUCAGAGAAAUUAUAUUUUAAUCUAGACAGCACCUGUUUGGCACACAAUACACAUAAUACAACUAGUCACGUUUAUGCCACACAUCUGACUUUCCCUUUAGCUCCUGAGCAACCAGUAAACAUUCCCCCGUUUUAUGAGUUUAUUUGUCAUGUCCUCUGCAUCCAUUUGCUGUCACGUGUUACAGUGUUGAGUUUGCUACAACCAAUUUAUUGAUGUGAUUAUGAUGCUAUAGGUCAAGCCCUAUUGUGCCCUAUUCGGACGGAAUAAGAUUUACUGGGGGAGGUUGGGUAAUGUAAAUAUGUGCACGAUCACAAAACGCCACAUUUGUAAUUUUAGUUCUGUCCGAAUCUGCCAUGGCAGUAAUUUUUACAUGGCAGGAGAGUAACAGUUCCAGCCAGAAUAACCUACUGUUUUUGGGCUAACUCCAAGUUCCCUGGGUUUUGAGAGAAAUGUCUGAGUUUGACAGGUGUUGCUCAUGUUGCGCACGAAAACAAUAACUGAUUCGAUAAAUUGAACUAAGUGCUGCGCAUAAGCUAUAUAUGAAUGGCCUACAUGUAGCCUAUCAACUUUCACAGUGAAUGCUUUUGUUUGUUUUGUGCGUAUGAAUUGAAUAUUGCUAAAUGCAUCAGUAAAAAAUAUUGAGUCUAUUUAAUGCAACCCUUGCUGUUAAUAGAUCACAAAGCAGCAUACAACUGACCUAAAUGUUUGGAAAUGGUAAAUUAACUUUCUCAUCCAUAGCCUUAAAAUGCAUCUCAAGUGCAAUUGCACUGUUUAGCUCACAUCUGAAGGCUGGGGGGCAUUUAGGACAUACUGCAGAUUGCUAUAAUAUCCUAAUGAUCAUGAUCACUCUUCCUCAAUUCAAAUAUUAUGGGAAGAUGGUUUGGUGUGGUUUAGAAACUUGGGAACCAAGCUCGAGUUCAGUCUGGCCCUAUCACCUGGACAUGUUGAAAUACUGCAUCUUCACGCUUAGAAUAAAAACCUCCAGGCUUCCGUCAUAACUGGCAAUUUAUUGGAAAGAAAUUAAGAAUUACAGUUUGGAAAAAACCAAUCCCGUCCGAAUCGUCCUCUGGAAUAACAGAUAUUCUGGAGUAAUAAUUACAUAACCAACGUUCUCUAGUAAUACUAGGCCCGUGUGAAUAGGUUUUUGGUCACGUGCAUGCGAUGCAUACAGUUGUAGUCAGAAGUUUACAUACACCUUAGCCAAAUACAUUUAAACUCAGUUUUUCCACAAUUCCUGACAUUUAAUCCUAGUAAAGAUUCCCUGUUUUAGGUCAUUUCGGCCUCCACUCAGCUUGUAUCAGUCAGCUGAUGCUAAACGUGAGUGGGCCUGGGUUAACUGUGGGCCACUGGCCACCAUUAACACAUACUGUACCUGCCAAGCCACUGAUCAGGGUUUUAAGAUGGUUCACGUCAUACAGGGAUUCAUUGUGGAAGGUUUUUUCUUCUUCUUCGGAGUGAGGCGUACGGGAAGGGUUGGGGCUACAAGGUCCUGUGGGUUCUACUGGUCUAGGUUUAACUAAGAGGUCAUACAGUAAAAAUUCCCUGUCUUAGGUCAGUUAGGAUCACCACUUUAUUUUAAGUAUGUGAAAUGUCAGAAUAAUAGUAGAGAGAAUUAUUUCUUUCAGCUUUUAUUUCUUUCAUCACAUUCCCAGUGGGUCAGAAGUUUACAUACACUCAAUUAGUAUUUGGUAGCAUUGCCUUUGAAUUGUUUGUCUUGGGUCAAAUGUUUCGCGUAGCCUUCCACAAGCUUCCCACAAUAAGUUGGGUGAAUUUUGGCCCAUUCCUCCUGACAGAGCUUGUGUAACUGAGUCAGGUUUGUAGGCCUCCUUGCUUGCACAUGCUUUUUCAGUUCUGCCCACAAAUGUUUGAUAGGAUUGAGGUCAGGGCUUUGUGAUGGCCACUCCAAUACCUUGACUUUGUUGUCCUUAAGCCAUUUUGCCACAACUUUGGAAGUUUGCUUGGGGUCAUUGUCUAUUUGGAAGACCCAUUUGCGACCAAGCUUUAACUUCCUGACUGAUAUCUUGAGAUGUUGCUUCAAUAUAUCCACAUACUUUUCCUUUCUCAUGAUGCCAUCUAUUCUGUGAAGUGCACCAGUCCCUCCUGCAGCAAAGCACCCCCACAGCAUGAUGCUGCCACCCCCGUGCUUCACGGUUGGGAUGGUGUUCGUCGGCUUGCAAGCUACCCCCUUUUUCCUCCAAACAUAAUGAUGGUCAUUAUGGCCAAACAAUUAUAUUUUUGUUUCAUCAGACCAGAGGACAUUUCUCCAAAAAGUACGAUAUUUGUCCCCAUGUGCAGUUGCAAACCGUAGUCUGGCCUUUUUAUGUCGGUUUUGGAGCAGUGGCUUCUUCCUUGCUGAGCGGCCUUUCAAGUUAUGUCGAUAUAGGACUCGUUUUACUGUGGAUAUAGAUACUUUUUUACCUGUUUCAUCCAGCAUCUUCACAAGGUCCUUUGCUGUUGUUGUGGGAUUGAUUUGCACUUUUCGCACCAAAGUACGUUAAUCUCUAGGAGACAGAACGCGUCUCCUUCCUGAGCGGUAUGACGGCUGCGUGGUCCCAUGGUGUUUAUACUUGCGUACUAUUGUUUGUACAGAUGAACGUGGUACCUUCAGGCGUUUGGAAAUUGCUCCCAAGGAUGAACCAGACUUGUGGAGGUCUACAAUUCUUUUUCUGAGGUCUUGGCUGAUUUUCUUUUGAUUUUCCCAUGAUGUCAAGCAAAGAGGCACUGAGUUUGAAGGUAGGCCUUGAAAAUCAUCCACAGGUACACCUCCAAUUGACUCAAAUGAUGUCAAUUAACCUAUCAGACGCUUCUAAAGCCAUGACAUCAUUUUCUGGACUUUUCCAAGCUGUUUAAAGGCACAGUCAACUUAGUGUAUGUAAACUUCUGACCCACUGGAAUUGUGAUACAGUGAAUUAUAAGUGAAAUAAUCUGUCCUAACCGACUUGCCAAAACUAUAGUUUGUUAACAAGAAAUGUGUGGAGUGGUUGAAAAACGAGUUUUAAUGACUCCAACCUUAGUGUAUGUAAACUUCCGACUUCGACUGUACAUGUGUCACGUAAAGAGAGCAAGGGUUGAGGGAAUAGGGAAUGUUUUUCCUAAACAAAUGAGGGAUUUCGGUAACAGAACCUUUCAGUCAGAAAUGGCUGUAAUUAUGUUGCAGGUUCAGCAACACGGACAGCCCUAUACACACUGAUGUUCUGUGGUGGUCGCUGCAGCAGGGAGGAGAGAGAGACAACGGGUGCUAGUCACAGUCACUCGCUGUCUUUUCUUUUUAACAGCGCAGCAAGUCUGAGCCCGGCACAAUCAAAUCAAUUGCUGGUCGGACUCCCUCUAGUUAUUUGUGUGUCUUAAUUAUUUAAUCAAACAGUGUGCUUAAAGCAUCAGACAAUCUCAGUGAAUAUAGUUGAUUUGAUUGAAACACAUAGGAUGUGUCAAUAUAUGGAAAAAUACACGUUUAAAAAUGUUGACCAAUCGAUUGGACGAAAGAACAGAUGACUCUUGGUCGACCAAGAUUUUUUUUUUGUCAGGGAUAGCCCUAAUGGAUGUCUGUUUUUUUUUUUUGUCAACGAUCUACACAAAAUACUCUGUCAGAGGAAGAAAAAUUCUAACAUUUUAUAAAACAUUUAUGAAAAAUACAACACUAUCUUGAUUAGAUAAGCAUUCAAUCCCCUGAGUCAAUACAAGUUAAAAUCACCUUUUGGCAGUGAUUACAGAGUCUUUCUGGGUAAGUCUCUAAGAGCUUUUGCAGACCUGGAUUGUACAAUAUUUUCACAUUAUUAUUUUUUUUAUUCUUCAAGCUCUGUCAAGUUGGUUGUUAAUCAUUGCUAGACAGCCAUUUUCAAGUCUUGCAAUAUAAUUUUCAUUUAUUUUAUAUUUACCCAUCUACUAAUAGGUGCCCUUCUUUGCGAGGCAUUGGAAAACCUCCCUGGUCUUUGUGGUUGAAUCUGUUUUUGAAAUUCACUGCUCGACUGAGGGACCUUACAGAUAAUUGUAUGUGUGGGAUACAGAGAUGAGGUAGUCAUAACAAAAAUAAUGUCAAACACAAUAAGUCCAUGCAACUUAUUAUGUGACUUGUUAAGCACAUUUUUACUCCUGAACUUAUUUAGGCUUGCCAUAACAAAGGGGUUGAAUAUUUAUUGACUUAGACAUUUCAGCUUUUCAUUUGGAUUUAUUUGAGAAGCAAAAAAUAAAAAUAUAAUUCCACUUUGACAUUAUGGGGUAAAAUCUCAAUUGAAUCAAAAUUCAGGUGGCAAACACAACAAAAUGUGGAAAAAAUCGAGGGGUGUGAAUACUUUCUGAAGGCACUGUAAAUCUGAUUAUUUCACAUGAAGAUGUGGGAAGCUAAAAAGUCUAGCUAGCUUGCUAUGUUUUUAGCCAGGCUAAAGCCAGCUAGCCAGGCUGCCAGCUAGGUGGCACUACUAGCAAGGGAAGGCAACUCUUCCUUGCUUUCACAAAAUGAAAAGACAAAAAUAAAAAAACUUUGCUAUCGCCCCCUUAUGAAUAGGAGUGGGAUCGUUGCGAGGAUAAAAGGUGUCCGCUACUACAAAAAUCCCACUCCACCCACGUGCAUGCAUGCAUGCACGCACUUAGAUCAACGGAGUGGGGCUUGUAGUAACCUUUAGAGUAUAGCUUUUUUACAGGUGUAGCGUGUGUGUGUGUGUAGUGUGUGUAUGUAGUUUGUGUGUGUGUAGCAUGAUGUGUGUGUUUAGUAGCGUGUUUGUGUAGCCUUUGAACACAUUAGGCACUCAUCCUCCCCUCCUUUCAUGUCCCUUCCUCCAGCGUAAUCAACCCUUAGAUAAUAGCUCAGAUCAAAAGAAAGAUCUGGAAGAGAGCAGUUAGCUACCAGUUAACCUGUAGAAUAACAGCCCUUUAACUUAAUCUAAGUCUGGUGACAUUAAUUAAAAAGAACAUCAAACUAAAUAGACAUCUUUAAAAAUAUGUGUACCUGUAUAGCUGUAAAGAUUUGGCCCUCUGAUGAAUAGACCUGAAUUCUGUACUUGUGUUUUCCCUCUGUAAUCAUAUUGGUCCUGACAUUCUGGUUCAAUGCCUUUUAACCGUUUCUCUCCACAGAGGAGCUGAAGGACUACUUGGUAGGAGAACAUGCCAUCAAUAAGAUUUUCACCCUGGGUAACACUGAGUUCCCUGUGAGCUGGGACAAUGAGAUCAAACUGUGGACUUUCCUGGAGACCAGGGCUGCCCUGCUUCUCCAGACCUACAAGACCAGCUCCCAGGUCAGAGAAGAUUUCACCCACCUCACUGUUGUUUUGGGUCAGUGUGUCAACUCUGUAUCAGUGUUGUAUAAAGUAAUCUUUAGAAGAUUUCAACAGGACCCAUUCUCAACCAGAUAAGUUAACAAAUUCUUCCUCUGACUUCUGUAUGUUAUCCCGUUCUCUCUCUGCUUCCCCCCGCUCUCUCUCCCUUAUGCCCCUCUCUCUCUCUCUCUCUCUCUCUCUCUCUCUCUCUCUCUCUCUCUCUCUCUCUCUCUCUCUCUGUGUGUCUGCUCCUUCACUUUCUGUCUGUCUGCUCUACCUCACUCCCUUCCUCUCUGCCCAAUGUCUCCCCCACCUCCCUCCGUCCUCCAGGAUGACCAGUGUGCGUUGGAGAAGCCCGACCUCUCCUUCCACUCCCGCGUGGCCAUCCAGCUGCGCCUGGCCGAGAAGCAGAUCCUGGAGAGGGUGGUGGCCAGUGGCAAGGCCAGGCGCCUGCACUUCCAGCAGCAGCAGGAGGAAGGCGCUCCGCUACCCCGCUAUGAGGAGAGCGACAUCUCCCUUCUGGAGAACGCCGACACCAAGCUGCCCCUCAUUCUGAGGAAACUACAGGAGGAGGACGAGGAGGGAGAUGACCAGGCAGCGGUGGAGCAGGUGUUAGCCCAGGUACAGCAGCUGGGACAGGGGGACGCAGCCAGGGAACAAGCCCCCCUCAUAGUCAAUGGGGAUGGUGGGAAGGUGGUGGUCAACGGGAAUGGUACGGACGCUAGCCCAGUCCUGGAGGUUGGUGUGGAUGCUAGCCUGAUUCAAGAGGCUAGCAAAGAAGUUAUCUCAACCUCCUUGGACUCAGGCCAAAGUGCUAGCCCUGCCCAGGAGGAGGAUGGUAUGGAUGCUAACGCCUCCACGCCAGAUGCUGCUGUCCAAGCUAACACCCAGGAACAGGAAGGCCAAACAGAGAACUGA